CCCUUACACUGUUUUGACACCGUUGAUCCUGUAUUGGGCCCUAGCAGGAGGGCUAGGCUAUUGUGCGGGCGAUCGAAGAGCCAGUAAGUCAGUAAUAAUGUUGUUUGCUACGUAUGAUGGGUCAUGUUUGCUAUGACGCGUCUUGAAAGUAAAUGGUGACAGCGCGCGCUGGGGCCACCUGCCUCGUUGGGACUCGGUCGAAGCCAAGCGCUUGAUGCGAAAGCCGCCGGAAGCCGAAAUAAAGCGCUUUACUCCUCAUUGCUCUUUGGGAGCUCCGAGCACCUCACUGCACGGUGGGACGACGCUCGUUACUCUCUUUCCCCCCGCACAUCAACGAGAUAAUGAUGCUCAUAUUGCCUAUUAUAACUUAACAUACGUGAUUUGUACCUGAUCUUCAUUGCCUUUAUAUAUCUGCGGGACCUGCUGUGAAGUGUAAAGGUGGAACUGAUGUAAAUGCUAUAUAUAGUCUCGCGCCUGUCCAUAAAUGGGGUGAACCAUGGUAAGCUUUCCUUAAGUGACCGCAAUAUUUUUGCUUCCAUCAUCGAGCGACUCGAGCCGGUUCGGGCUCGUCUGCGCGCGCUCUGCCUGCCUUAUUCCCUCGGGGAUUUUCGUGAUCAUGGCCACAGCCAAGGUUCUGCCGUUUUACCAGCGAAAGCACAAACAUUUUGGCCAGGAUUACCGGAGCACUGAGACUAAGUAUGUUGCCCGGGAGUACCUGGCAUCUUCCUCAAGUAGAAAAACAAGCUCUAAGUCGGUGUCUCAGACCACAACGGCUAAGGCAGCUGAAGAGGAGCAAACCUACACCGUUCCUCCAUUUAGACAGAGAGAACCCGGAGAAGUUGAAGAAUAUGAGCGCAGAACUGUUAAUUUUUCAAGAGGAGUUGCUGAACUGCAACAGGAAGUCCAUAAGAUUCGAGAGUCGACUAAGUACCAGAUUGAAAAGCUUGAGAUUCAGAGAGAGGUUGAGGAAAGAGUGUCCAUUCAGAAGAAAGUUUAUGAGGAGCUAGUUAAGGGACCUGAAUUUGUAGUGAAUCUGAGAUCCCACACCGUAUGGGAGAAGACCCCAGUAAAGCUGCUCUGUACUGUACUGGGACAUCCCACCCCCAGUGUGAAGUGGUUUAAAGACGGUAUUGUCAUUGAUCGGCUGAAUAAACCAGGAAAGUACCAAGUGGAGAGUAAAUAUGGAGUGCACAGUUUGACCAUUAGCAGGAGUGAUGUUGGUGACAGCGCUGAGUACACAGCUGUGGCUGCCAACGUACAUGGUGCAGCUUCCAGCAAGGCCUCUGUCUUGGUCAAGAGGCCUGGAGAGGGGGAGGAGCCACCUGAGACAUUGCUGCUUCCUUUCCAGAUCCCAUUGCUUUCAGAUAUACGCCGUAGUAAACUUGACAUAACCUUCAUCGAAACAUUUGGUGUAACAUUUGGAGUAGAGGGAGGCACAGUCAGUCUGACCUGUAAGAUGAUCAUUAAUCCGGAUCUUGCCAACCUGCAGCCAGAGGCAAUGUGGUACCGAGACGAUCACCUGCUGAGGGAAUCUCACUGGGCCGAGAUGAAGUGUGGAGGCGGAGAAGCUAAACUUACUCUGCCUCACCUGAAUAAGGAUGAUGAGGGCCUGUACACACUGCGCAUGUGGACAAAAGCUGGGACGGCCGAGCACAGUGCAUAUCUCUUUGUGAAAGAUGCUUCUCCUCCUGUGGCUGGUGCAUCAGGAGCACCCAUGGACAUCAAGGUCCUUCAGGCUGAUCGAGAUUAUGUCCUUCUGUCAUGGAAGCCUCCCAACAUCACCACUGAGAGUCCAAUCACAGGAUACUUUGUUGACAGAUGUGAGGUUGGUAGUGACAGCUGGGUGCAAUGCAAUAACUCUCCCGUGACGCUCUGUAAGUACCCGGUGCAUGGCCUCAGCGAGGGCCACUCAUACCACUUCCGAGUGCGAGCUAUGAACAGUGCUGGGUCCAGCAGGCCAUCCAGAGUCUCUGAGCAAGUUACUGCCAUGGACCCAACAGAGCUGGAACGACAGCAAGUAAUUAAAGUGGAUGGAAGAAAAGACGUUGUGAUUCGCCAAGAAGACCUGGAAGGCCACGUGAAGGUGCCAGGAGUUCCUGGCAAGGUGCAUGCCUCCGAGGUCAACAAGACGUUCGUUGUGCUCAGCUGGACCCCACCACAUGCUCGUGGAAGGGAGCCCCUGUGGUAUCAAAUCGAGAAGUGUGUGGAGGGCAGCACUACUUGGCAGAGGCUGAACACCCCCGCGCCGGUUAAGUCCCCUCACUAUCCCCUGUUUGACCUGGAAGAGAGUAAAAAGUACCUGUUCCGUGUGCUGUCUGUGAACAAACACGGCUCGAGUGAUUCCUCAGCACCGUCAGCGCUUGUCCACAAGCAGGAUCCUUUUGGUGUCCCCUCAGCACCCGGUCAGGUUACCGCUACCAGGAAUACGAGAACUUCAGUUUUCCUGCAGUGGGAGCCACCUAAAAGUCCCAACAAGCUGCUCGGCUACUACAUCGAUGCCUCAGUGCUGGGCUCCAAAACGUGGACGACUUGCAACAACAGACCAUACAAACACACCAGGUUUGUGGUCCAUGGAUUAACUCCUGGGGAGACGUAUGUCUUCCGUGUGCAAGCAGUCAAUGUUUUUGGCCUCAGCGACGAAUCCCAGGAGUCUCUGCCAAUCUUUGUAGAAGCCGGUGUAUCGACGCCCUCGGCCCCGUAUGGCGUCUCCUUGCUCUACUGCGACGGCACCUCAAUGAUUCUGGGGUGGAAGCGGCCAAAGUUCUGCGGUGGAUCCAAGGUGACAGCGUACUACGUGGACCAACAUGAGGCCUCAGAGGCACAGUGGUGUGAGGUUAACGUGGCCCCUGUACAGGACAGGACCGUCAAGGUGGAGAAUUUGAAAGAAGGAGCAUUUUACCAGUUUAGGGUUAAAGCUGGAAAUGUUGCAGGAGUCGGACUGUCGUCGGAGCCCAGCGAGGCCUUUCACUGCGAGGCGUGGAACAUGCCGGAACCAGGCCCCUGUCAUGACCUGUCCUUCUGUGAAGUCAGGAAUGACUCCCUGUUGAUCCAGUGGAAGGCGCCCGUGUACACCGGUAAAAGUGCCGUCACUGGCUAUUUCGUGGAGGUGUCCAAGAAGGGUUCAGGCCAGUGGAGUGCUGUGAACGAAGCGAGCGUUGCACACCGUUACCUGAAGGUAUCUCCGCUGGAAAAGGGAGCGACGUAUGAGUUCCGGGUUCGAGCGGCCAAUGCCCACGGCGUUGGAAAAGCGUCGGCUGUUUCCGAGCCCGUGUGCGUGAAGGCGCUGCCAGGUACCAAAGAAAUUCACUGUGGAGUUGAUGAAGACACAGGAGAUGUUUACUUGUCCUUUGAGGCAUGUGACAUAUUAGAGAUUUCAAAGUUUGUUUGGUCGAGAUCCUACAAAGAAAUCACGGACUCCACCAGAGUGAACGUGGUACAACAAGGCAAACGAUCAAGGCUCAUUUUCAAGAGUCCCGACAAAGAGGACUUGGGGACCUACUCUGUGUACGUGACGGAGACCGACGGCAUUUCUGCCAGCCAUGUCCUCAAGGAGGAAGAGCUGCAGAAGAUGCUGGAGCUGAGCUAUGCUAUAAGGCAUCCAGUUGUGCCAUUGAAGACGGAGUUGGCCUAUGAGGUGCUCGAGAAAGGUCGCGUGCGCUUCUGGCUCCAAACUGUGAAGAUGUCCUCUGGCGUCUCCUAUCGGUUCAUCGUCAAUGACAAGGAAGUGUCCAGCAGCGAGGGCUUCAAGAUGAGCCACAGCAUGGACACUGGGGUUAUUGAGAUGAUCAUGGAGCAUUUCACAAAAGAAAGUGAGGGCACCUACACGGUGCAGAUCCAAGAUGGGAAAGCCAAGACUCAGUCAUCCUUGGUGCUCAUUGGCGACUUGUUCAAGACAGCACUAAAGGAAGCCGACUUCCAGAGGAAGGAGUACACCAGGAAACUAGGUCCUCACUUCCAAGAAUAUUUGUAUUUCCAAGUACAGGAGGACUGUACUGUUCUGCUUGUCUGCAAGCUGGCCAAUGUGAAGAAAGAGACAACUUUUCACUGGUUUAAGGACGACGAGGAAAUUAUUCCAGAUGUGCCACCUAACGUGAUGUCAGGAAGUUGCGCCCUGCCUAUCCCUAUGUUUUCCAGGAAAGACCAAGGUGUUUACAAAGCUACUCUUAGUGAUGACAAAGGAAAGGACAUCUCACUGCUUGAUAUCUCUGGCAAAGUGUUUGAAGAUAUUAUUAAUGCCCUUGCUGAAAUUGCUGGCUCCUCUGCAUCGGACCUAGUGUUGCAGUGCACCCCGGAGGGCAUCCGACUCCAGUGCUACAUGAAGUAUUACACAGAGGAGAUGAAAACUCACUGGUUCCACAAGGACAGCAAAAUUUCAUCUUCCGAAAAGAUGAGGAUUGGAGGGACUUCAGAGAUGGCCUGGAUGCAGAUCUGUGAGCCCACUGACAGAGAGAAAGGACAUUACACCAUUGAGAUUAUAGAUGCCAAAAAAUCCCACACUCGCAGCUUUGACCUCUCCGGACAAGCGUACAAUGAUGCCUACGCGGAGUUCCAGAGACUGAAAGCAGCAGCAUUCGCUGAAAAGAAUCGUGGCAGAGUGGUUGGUGGCCUCCCUGAUGUUGUCACUAUUAUGGAAAAGAAGACCCUGAGUCUGACCUGCACCGUGUGGGGCGACCCCACCCCCGAGGUGACCUGGUUUAAGAACGAGCAGGAGGUGAUCUCUGAUGACCACAACGUGAUUUCAUUUGAGGGAGGAAAGUUUGCGAGCCUCACGAUCAAGGCUGUGAGCUCGGAGGACUCUGGGAAGUACAGCAUUAAUGUGAGGAACAAGUAUGGCGGCGAGUUUGUCGAAGUUACCGUGAGCGUCUACAGGCCAGGCGAAGAGAUCCCAGAACCCAAACUGGGACAGAUGCCCAGGGCAGUUGCACCCCCCAAGGCCUCGGCCCCCCCGGCGCAAGCUGCCAAAUCACCCGCCCCCCAACCCCAACCUGCCCCUCCUCAAAACGUGAAAUCGCCAACACCCUCGCAUGGCACCAAGUCCCCUACCCCUCCGCAUGGAGCCAAGUCCCCCACACCACCAAGGAGCGUGAAGUCGCCCACACCCCCUAGAAGGAAGUAAAGAAAGAAGUACAUAUUAAAGAAAGAACAACUCCAAAAAUAUGCAACAGUACACACAUGUAGAAUGAUUCUAAAGACAUAUAAAGUAUGAUUUAAACAUAGAUGUCAUUUUUCACAAGAGAGGUAGUGCACACUGAACUGAACUGAACCAAGAGCAGAGAAACACCAAAGGUGGCCAGAGGCUCCACACACCAUUCUGAGAGCACAGCGGCAAACCCGCACCAUCGGGGUCACCUGUGCGAGUCACCCUUCAGAGAACGCUUCCUACACUUAGCACCCACUCAACACCCUGCAGAGUUCCAACAGGCUGAAGGAGCUGUGCUUCCAGCUGCUCACUGGAGUCUUAAAGCCUUUAUUGUGUGUGUGUGUGUGUGUGUGUGUGUGUGUGUGUGUGUAUAUGUAUUGCAGUGUGCUGCUUCUGUGUCACUGUCCAGCGUCAGUUAUAUCGUCUAGCACUUCUCUCCUACUUUGUGUCAAUAAAGCAUUAGAAAUCAC